UCUCAUGACCUUUCACCUCCUUCACCCUCAGCAGCAGCAACAUGCUAGUUGUAAACACUUCUCUAGCCACUAUGACAUUCCUAAGUAACUUAUUAGUCCUUGAACUCUGUGACAGGUUUGAGAUAUGACCCACACGGACAGAAAGAAGCGGGUUGUUCUCUGAACGUUUAACGCCUGUUUUGCCGCCUGUACUCCAGUCAUGACGGGGAUUUUCCAAAGAACACUAAGACUAAGGACAGCUCUCCGACAUCUGAGCCCCCAUAGCACCUUCUCAUCAACAGCCACAGCAAGACUUUCACCUGUGGACCUCCGCAGUUCAUUUCUUCCCACUACCUCAUGGCAGUUUGGAGUCUGCUGUCGAAAGCUGCACACUGGGGCAAACAGUCCCAAGCCGUCCCUUGCUGCAGUCCCAGACAGGCUGCCUUUCUCCACAAUAACUGAGGAGGAUUUAGCUUUCUUCAGGAAGAUCCUACCAGGCAGAGCCGUCACUGACCCGGACCUGCUGGAGUCCAGUAAUGUGGAUUGGCUCAAGUCAGUGAGAGGUUCCAGUGAAGUGCUGCUGAGGCCUCAGACAACAGAGGAAGUUUCUCAAAUUCUCAAGUAUUGUAAUGGUCGUAAUCUGGCGGUGAAUCCUCAAGGAGGCAACACCGGGCUGGUUGGGGGCAGCGUGCCAGUUUAUGAUGAGAUCAUCCUCUCCACUGCCCUCAUGAACAACAUCCUUACCUUUGAUAGUAUCUCUGGUAUUCUGACCUGUCAGGCAGGUUGUGUCUUGGAGAACUUGUCCCUUUACUUGGAAGAGAAAGACUACAUCAUGCCACUUGAUCUGGGAGCAAAAGGCAGUUGCCACAUCGGGGGAAACGUGGCAACGAAUGCAGGUGGACUCCGGCUGCUGCGAUAUGGUUCCUUACACGGGACUGUGCUGGGUCUGGAAGUGGUGUUGGCAGAUGGGCGAGUGCUGGACUGCUUGGCCACACUGCGUAAAGAUAAUACAGGAUAUGACCUCAAACAGCUCUUCAUAGGGUCAGAGGGCACGCUGGGGGUCAUCACUGGAGUGUCCAUCCUUUGUCCACGGAAACCCAAAUCUGUUAAUGUUGUUUUUCUGGGUUGUGAGACAUUUGAGCAGCUGCUGAAGACGUUUCAGCUCUGCAGAGGCAUGCUGGGAGAAAUUCUGUCAGCCUACGAAUUCCUGGACAGUGAAUGUAUGAGGCUGCUGAAUACCCACCUCAAACUACACAAUCCCAUAUCUGAUUGUCCAUUCUACGUUGUCAUAGAAACGUCUGGAUCCGACCCAACACAUGACGGGGAGAAGCUCCACAAUUUCUUAGAGGAAGCGAUGACAUCGUCAUUGGUUACCGAUGGGACUGUGGCGACUGAAGACUCAAAAAUAAAGGCUCUGUGGUCAAUGCGUGAACGUGUCACGGAAGCGCUGACUCACGAAGGCUUCACUUACAAGUAUGACAUCUCCCUUCCGGUGGAGCGGAUCUACCAGCUGGUGACAGACAUGAGGGAGCACCUGGGGGGCCGAGCCAAGAGUGUGGUGGGAUACGGGCACGUAGGAGAUGGAAACCUCCACUUGAACGUCACCUCUCCUGCCAAAGACCCUGCUCUUCUCGCUGCCAUCGAGCCCUUUGUCUUCGAGUGGACGGCCAGCUGUAACGGCAGCAUCAGUGCAGAGCACGGGCUGGGUCUGAAGAAGAGGAACUGUAUCUACUACAGUAAACCCAGCCAGGCUGUGGCUCUGAUGGGUGAUAUCAAGACCAUGCUGGACCCCAAGGGGAUUCUCAACCCCUACAAGACUCUACCAGAUGACCUGAAAUGAACCAAAGUGUCUCACUGCUGUGGGGUCCCGGUGUGCGAUGGCCGGUUUCCCCUCUGUGCCGAAGAUCUCUGUGUGCAGGUGCACCAGGCCGCAAGCUAUCGACGCCGCCAUCGCCAAGCCCUCUGACGUCUCCACGGCAACCCGUUGCAAGUAGUCAUAAAGCGAACCGUUCUCAUGGAAAUGGGUGAUGAGCCACAGCUGGGUGCUGGAGUUGCGAGAGGUCAUGUCGGACGCCAUGAAGCCUGGAAGGAGAGACGGGGGCGACACACAGAACAACAUGACAGAUGAGAAUAAAACUUGAAAGAUCAUCAAAA